AUGAUAGCUUUGCUGAACAAACUCUCGGGCUUUUUCGGCAUACUUAACUUAUUUUACGGUGGAGGAGUAGUCUCCAUCAUAUCCUACAUAUAUUCCAUAAGUGCCGCCGUUUUUAUAGGUUAUUGUCUGCUAUAUGGUCUAUUACAGGACAAUCCAACAAUAGUUCGCCUAUAUUCACAAUGUUACUGGAUAGACGUACUGGCAAGCACAGUUUUUACAAUAACAUUUGGUAUAUUAUGGUACUUCGUGAUAGAUCAUACUCCAGUGAUUAUAGAAGAAUUUGCACAGAGCGCAGCAAGUAUAGCAGAUUCUGACAAGACAAACGGAGAGAUAGAUGGAGACAAAAGUGGAAAUAGCACACAGAGUUCGUCAGAUAAAUUACCGGCAUGGAAGGCGGAAGCAACUAUUGCUAUAGUUUGGUUGGUUGUAUUAUGGCUUGUGCACAUUUACUUUGCAGUAGUCGUUCAGUCAUAUGCUCUGUAUGUCGGGAAGAAGUACACAAAUCUAUCCUCAUCUGAUCUCAACAGUCCGCGUGAUUCGAUGUCUGGAGAUGCUUUGCUAAAGAAUCUGGGUCGGCGGGGAGCAUCAAAACGUGCGGACGUGGUGGAUGAAGAAAUUGAACUUUAA